AUGCUCUAUGGGUUUAUCCUGUUCGAUGCUGCAUACCAAAAUAGUGAAGCUGGGAGCACUGAUCUCUAUUUUAUUGAUUGUCCGAUGUUCUUGGCACUUCUCGCACAGACACCGACAACAUACAAGAAUGGAGCCAUGACUGCCAUCGCAUCACUGUUGGAAUUUUCAAAUGAGCACCUGUAG